AUGACCGACCCCGGGGCUGCACCCUCAGUGCGCACGGCGCUGCUGGGCACACGGCGGAUCAUGGGCAGCCCUUACACGGUGGUGGUGCUGCAGGAGGGCUACCACCAGCCCACGCCGGAUGGUGGUGCGCGGGCUGACGGGACAGUGACGCUGCUGCGGGGACCGCUCCCCAUGUUGGUGGACACAGGGGGCCCGUGGGGUCGCGAGCGGCUCCUGGCAGCGCUGAUUGUGAUCACCGCCAUCCACUUCCAGGCAGCUGGGCAUCGGGGCUGCUGCGGGAACCGCUGCGGGAUGUUCCUGUCCAUGCUGAUGGCGGUGCUGGGCAUAGGGGGUGCGAUCUAUGCCAUGACGGUGUCGGGGCUGGCACUGGUCCGCGGGCCCCUGUGCCAGUAUCUCCUGCCCGAAGGCAACCUCUCAGAUUGGGGACGGCCCUUCCAGGGCCCACCCUGGAAGUCCGACGAUGAUGAUGACUUCAGGAAGUCGAGCUACCUGUUCCACCCGGAACUCUGGGGGAAAUGCCACAACCCGCCGGACGUGGUGAAGUUCAACAUCAUUCUUUUCUCACUGAUCCUGGGGGGAGCCGUGCUGGAGCUGCUGCUCUGCACUGUGCAGUUCUUCAACAGCUGUGCUGGCUGCAUCUGUGGCCCCCGGCUCCGCAAGCGCCCUGCGACGCAGCACUGAGGUGCACUGGAGCCGCACCCCCAGCUCCAGACCCACAUGGGUACCCAGGCAUCCAGGGUCACCCUAAGCACCAUGGACCCAGGACGACUUUGGGAAGGGAGUACGGGGAGGGGGUCCUGCUGUACCUUGCUUGUGGCUCCAAUAAAGCCCAGGACAGGGCCAA